UGUAGAUCGAGUUGUUCAAAGUUUCUGACAAAUGCUUAUCUGCAUGAGGCUCCGAACAGUCAAGUUGUCGAGCAACGCAUUGAAUGGCUGUAUGCUUUUGAUGUUCACUGCAACUCUUUCUUUCCCAUGUUCAUCAUGCUUUAUGUAAUUCAGUACUUUGUGUCACCUAUCUUGGUGGCACAUGGUUUCUUUCCAGUUCUCCUAUCAAAUCUGCUUUUCAUGGUGGCUAUUUCUUAUUAUCACUACCUGAAUUUCAUAGGAUAUGAUGUCCUACCAUUCUUGGACAAAACUACUUUCUUUUUGUAUCUAAUUGGUCUUGUCAUCAUCCUAUCCCCUCUUUCGAUACUGAAUGGCUUUAACCCUACAAGAUACGUCAUGAGCUUAUACUUUAGCUAGCGACUGUUAUUCACCCCACUGGAGCAGACAAAUCAUUGCAGAGGCAAAACUAAUUGCAGAUUAAUAGGUGGAAUUUUGUGGAAAAGAAGGAUAUGAUAAAUACCUUUGUUUAGGCAAAGUUGGCAGAACAUCCAUGGAGUCUUGCAGGUUUCAUCAUAGGGUGCAAAAUAUGCAGCAAUUACCACACAGGAAGCUUGGAACUUGAUGAACAGAGAGAAGGAAUGCUUUCUUUGGUCACUGUAUUUAGGAAAAAAAGCCUGUUGUUAGGCAACCAUGUGAAUGAAACGUCUAGUUUGCCUAGUAUUUAGGCAGUUUGAGCUAAUGUAAAAUUACAUGUGAUGGUGCUGAUUUUAACCUUCCCAUUUUAAGGAUCCAUAUCAUCAUAUACUUCAUGAA